AUGAGGCCUCUCAUCUCAGGCGCAACCACAACGGUCUGUUCAGCUUCUCAGUUUCUGGAGCGGCUCAGGGGAACACGACUCACUGCAGACGAGGUCAUGGUGUCAUUUGACGUCCCCUAUCUCUUCACUUCAAUCCCGCAUGACCUGGCCAUCGAAACGGUCAGCGAAUUGCUCGAGAGGCAGUAUGACGAGACGGACAAGUCAGUGAAGCGGAGACAUCUAGUCCAACUCUUAAAAUUCUGCCUGAAGACGUACUUCACCUUCGAGGGGACCAUGUACGAACAAAUUAAGGGGACGCCGAUGGGAUCGCCUCUCUCCGGCUCCAUCGCUGAGGCAGUUCUGCAAAAACUAGAGAGCCUGGUUUUCACAACCCACAGGCCAAAGUUUUGGACUUGGUACGUCGACGACACCUUCGUCAUCAUCAAGCGAAAAAUGAUCGAGGAGUUUAACGGUGUCCUGAAUUACGUCUUGCCGGACAUCCAAUUCACGAUGGAGGCGGAAAACAACAACCAGCUACCGUCUCUGGAUGUUCUUGUCCAUCGAAAACCCAACGGGCACAUAAAAACGACGGUGUACAGGAAGGCUACCAACACACGCCAAAUCCUAAGCUAUCACAGUAAACACCCGUUAUGUCACAAACGCAGCUGUGUGCGAACUCUCUACAGUAGAGCAGAAGCACACUGCAGCGGACCGGAUGACAGAAGGACAGAACUCCGCUAUCUUCAGCGUCUUUUCAUGGCCAACGGAUACCCCCGUAACUUCAUCGAGUGCAGCAGGCAGUGUAAACCAGGCCAAAAUCGAGUGACAGAACAGCCAAAAGUCUGGCGUGCACUGCCAUACAUCGACGGCGUCUCUGAGGCAGUUUCCCGCCUCUUAAGGCCCUUGGGGAUCGGAAUCGCUAAUCGACUAGACUCAAAAGAUUCGACAUUUGGUUAUGAGACCAAAGGCCCGCCUGCCACGCGGCGAGACGACAAAUGUCAUCUACCAGGUCCAGUGUAA